CAGCCUGACGUCAAUAUGUGUGCUAAGGAGAAUGGCUUAUAGAUCUUUAACAAUCAGAGGAGCCAAGGCCAGAGCUUUAAAUGGCAAAAGAACCUCUUUAAAUCUGAAUUCGAAGAAACUAAACAGUGUUCCUGAGUUUGUCUCCAGAUUCCCAAACCUCUCAGCCCUUCUGUUGUGCAACAACUCCAUCACUGUCCUUCCAACCCAACUCCAGUCUCUACAACAACUGGUAGAGCUGAAUUUGGGAAAUAAUGCCUUGAAAGAGGUUCCUGUAGUUCUCAGCCGACUGGAGUCACUGAGAAAACUGUACCUCUACAGCAACAACAUUGAUGUUGUGCCACCUGAUGUGAUAGGUUGCUUAAGAAACCUUGUUGUCCUCAAUCUCAACCACAACAACAUUCAAAGGUUACCACCAGAGAUCGGAAGGUUGAGGAAGCUUCAACACCUCAGUGUGUUGGACAACAAGCUGGAGGAGCUUCCUGAUGAAAUUGGUUAUCUUACAGAACUUUCUGAGAUCAACCUUACCUUCAACGAGCUGUCAUGGCUACCUCAGCAGCUGUACCAAUGCAGAGAGCUCAAAACGCUGCAUGCAGCCAGAAACAGGCUGACAAGUCUGCCAGAGGGAAUAACGGCUCUUUCUAAACUUCGAGUUCUGGAUGUGGCUGGGAACAUGUUGUCCAUGUUUCCUGUUGGGUUCCACCUGCUGCCCCUAAAUGAACUGUACUGUGAGGGGAACGGACUGAUUCAGUGUAAGCCAGUGCCACUGCUGCAUAACACUGAGAUCCUUUCACUAAAGGAGCUGGUUGGCAGGUUUGUUUUGCUAGAAGACAGAAAGAAGUUCUCUCUGAUCCACCUGAUACUUCCACUCUACCCAGACCUGAGGAACCUGUUGGCCAGCAGCAGCUGUUGUUCAGUUUGCCAGGGUCCUUUCCUCACAACGUGGCUGGAGUGCGUGCAUUUUAUAAGCCUGAAGAAGGACAUGAACAUGAGGAGUUUGCUCACUGUUCCAGUUCGGGCUCUUCUGUGUUCAUACAGCUGCUUCAGAUCAGAUGGACGCUCCUACUAUGGUGUUGCAACAAAAUAAAUAGAAGCGUUAAAGGGUGCUUGACUCUGUGGCCACUAGGUGGCAGCAAAUGAGCAUUGUAUUUUUUUUAACACUCCCCAGUUUCAUUGGCAGAUCUGAGUUUAAACAGAAAGUUUUUGUGUCUGUGUCACCUAUAGUUUUCAUACAACUCAGAUCAAGCAGACAAACAUUAGAGUUAAUAGAUGAAGGAGGGUUUGUCCUGUAACCGGUGGGUUGCCGGUUCAAACCCCCACUCUGUCUGCCUCAGUCUUUGUGUCCUUGGGCAAGACACUUCACCCGCCUUGCCUGCUGAUGGUGGUCAAAUGGCUCAGUGGCACCAGUUGUAUGCGUCACUAGCAGCUGUGGCUACAAUGUAGCUCACCACUGACAGUGUGUGAAUCUGUGUUUGAAUGGGUGGAUGACUGAUUGUAGUGUAAAGCGCUUUGGGGUCUCUGGGGACUUGAUAAAGCGAUAUACAAGUACGAGCCAUUUACCAUUUAUACAUGUAUGCAGCUUAUUUACUGGACAUGGGUUGAUUUUUUUUCUCUGCUCGAAAUAUAAGCCCCUUGUUCAGA